AGGAGGCGAUGGCCCUCGCGGAGCGGCUGGCCGCCGAGAAGGCGGAGUCCAAGAGCCGGAAGGUCAGACCAGAGGACCUGUUUGGAGGAGAGCAGGCCGUGCAGCAGAAGGCCGAUAUCAAGUUGACCGACGAUAAGGUGAAGAACCACAAGAUGCAGGGGGAGUUCGGCGCCAAGAAGUUCAUCAAGGACCCCCUGACGCACGGGGGUGAAGAGCCAGCAGCAGCCGGCAGCCAAAGGCUUCAACGGCGGAGGGCGCCGCGGGGCGCCCCCCGGCGUGUAGCCCGCCGCCGCGGGCGCCCGCGGGGCCUGCGGGCCACCGAGGCGCACCCACCUGAGUGCCGCUCCCACCGCUGCGCCCUGGCCGCCGCCGCAGCCGGCCCCUCGCGCGCGGAGACGCCCUUCGUGAAGGGCGCGCUUGCCGCGGCCGCCGCGGCCCCCGCGCCCGCGGCCGCCGCGCUCGAGCCGCGCCCUGAGCCGCGGCUCCGCGCCGAGGGGCCGCCGCAGGCGGCCGCCUGGCGUCUCCUCCGUGACCGGCGGGUGGCUGGCGCUGUUCCCGCCGCCGCUCCGUGGGCGUCGAGUCAUGUGGGGGGGCGAUGGCGUUGUUGAAAUUUGGAGGGAGGGUGUGCUGCAACAUCCUUGACGAGUCUUCGGCUUGCGCCUGUCCUCCUCCUCCUCGUCAUGCUACUGCCGCUCCUCCUCCCUGGCGUGUGCGCGCCCUGGUGUUAAGUCGGGCCUGUCCCUCUACAGGGGGAUUUUCGACGAAAAAUAAAAA